UUUCUAGAAUAUUAACGAACGAACGAACUCGAAAGUGAGUUAUGAAUGGUGAAGUUUUUAAUCUGAAAAAGAACGAAAUGGCUAAAGGUGAGUGAUGGAGAAGAGAUUGAAGGCUGAGCCAAUGCAAUAAUGAUUAAUGAACCUCCAAAUUCCACCAGUUUUUGCUUUGCGUUCGUCCUGUAAACCAGGCAAAGGGCCGAUGAGACUGCUCAGAGCAGUUUGAAGGCCAUGGGAGAGAGAAGCGCAGCGACACAGUGACACCGAAGAGAAUCCAAUUGUUCUCUCGAGAGCUACUCAGAAAGUGGCGCCCAAUAUUGGGGGAUGCAGCCGUAGAUCUAGGUAAAUCUCAUGUUUCAACAACAAAGAGCUCAUAACUCGAGCUUGAUGGAACCCACAAAUGGAAGUAAUGGUAACAGCAACACCUCGAAUUCGGCCUCAAAGCAGAGACUACGAUGGACAAACGACCUUCACGAACGAUUUGUCAAUGCAGUGGCACAACUUGGAGGCCCAGAUCGUGCUACACCAAAAGGCGUCCUUAGAGUAAUGGGUGUUCAAGGUUUAACAAUAUACCAUGUCAAAAGCCACCUGCAGAAAUAUCGACUCGCAAAAUACGUUCCCGACUCCUCAUCUAAUGGGAAAAAGGCUGACGAGAAGGAUUCUGGUGACAUUCUAUCAAAUAUUGAUGGCUCAUCGGGAAUGCAAAUCACUGAAGCACUUAAGCUGCAGAUGGAGGUCCAGAAGCGGCUGCAUGAACAAUUAGAGGUACAGAGACAGCUACAGUUACGGAUUGAAGCUCAAGGCAAGUACCUAAAGAAGAUAAUUGAAGAGCAACAAAAACUUAGUGGGGUUCUUUCAGCAGCUCCAGUUGCUUCUCCCUUAUCAGCUCCUGUUUCUGGUGACAACUGCCCAGAAACUGAUAAAAACGACCCGUCAACACCUGUGCCCACAUCUGAGUCUCCUCGCCAAGAGAAAGCAUCAAAGGAAUCUGCCCGAGCCAAGAGUAUCUCUAUUGAUGAUUCUUUCCCGUCUCAUCACGAACCAUUGACACCAGAUUCCGGUUGCCAUGGCUCCCUAGAUGACAGCCCAAGGCCAGUGAAGAAGCCAAGGCAGUACAGGGAUGGUGCAUGUGCCAAAUCAGAGAUGAUGCUUGCACAGCAAAUACUAGAGUCAAGUCUGAACUCCACUCCCAAGGAAUCACGCCCCGUUUCUCUAGCCAGGGAAACGAUCGAUCCUUUGUCUGGAAUGUCAAUAGGUGAUGAUGAUCGGUUGGACUAAACCACAAGGUUCAAUUUAGUCCAAGUGUUCCAUGUUUUUACAAGUUAUCUUCCACAGUUCACUCUAGCUGUAGUUUUGAUAGUUUUAUAUACUGUCGUGUGCCAUAUUUCAGCACAUAAAUACUUUCCUGAGGACCAAUAUUUGGCAAACCAUUAUAUCAUCAGAGUAGGACUGAUGUCUAUUCUUAGAGAAUUGUCAUCGACCUUCCUCUUCCAUCCUAGCAACUUCUUGUUUGAAUCCAAUGUAUGUUCCUUUCUGUUCUAGUU